AUCUACAGGUUUCACUUUGGUUCUUUCAGAGUCCAUGUCAACUGCUGACAGUGAAGAGCCAGGCAGUCUGACCCAUGAUAGGAGGGAGCCAAGUGAAGAGCCAGCCAGUCUGACCCAUGAUAGGAGGGAGCCAAGUGAAGAGCCAGCCAGUCUGACCCAUGAGUCCAUGUCAACUGCUGACAGUGAAGAGCCAGGCAGUCUGACCCAUGAUAGGAGGGAGCCAAGUGAAGAGCCAGCCAGUCUGAGCCAUGAUAGGAGGAAGCCAAGUGAAGAGCCAGCCAGUCUGACCCAUGAGUCCAUGUCAACUGCUGACAGUGAAGAGCCAGGCAGUCUGACCCAUGAUAGGAGGGAGCCAAGUGAAGAGCCAGCCAGUCUGACCCAUGAUAGAAGGGAGCCAAGUGAAGAGCCAGCCAGUCUGACCCAUGAGUCCAUGUCAACUGCUGACAGUGAAGAGCCAGGCAGUCUGACCCAUGAUAGGAGGGAGCCAAGUGAAGAGCCAGCCAGUCUGACCCAUGAUAGGAGGGAGCCAAGUGAAGAGCCAGCCAGUCUGACCCAUGAGUCCAUGUCAACUGCUGACAGUGAAGAGCCAGGCAGUCUGACCCAUGAUAGGAGGGAGCCAAGUGAAGAGCCAGCCAGUCUGAGCCAUGAUAGGAGGAAGCCAAGUGAAGAGCCAGCCAGUCUGACCCAUGAGUCCAUGUCCACUGCUGACAGUGAAGAGCCAGGCAGUCUGACCCAUGAUAGGAGGGAGCCAAGUGAAGAGCCAGCCAGUCUGACCCAUGAUAGAAGGGAGCCAAGUGAAGAGCCAGCCAGUCUGACCCAUGAGUCCAUGUCAACUGCUGACAGUGAAGAGCCAGGCAGUCUGACCCAUGAUAGGAGGGAGCCAAGUGAAGAGCCAGCCAGUCUGACCCAUGAUAGGAGGGAGCCAAGUGAAGAGCCAGCCAGUCUGACCCAUGAGUCCAUGUCAACUGCUGACAGUGAAGAGCCAGGCAGUGUGACCCAUGAUAGGAGGGAGCCAAGUGAAGAGCCAGCCAGUCUGAGCCAUGAUAGAAGGGAGCCAAAUCCUCAAGUACCUCAUCGAGACGUCUAUGAACGGUUUGCUGAGAUUUUUCUAGAAUCCAUCUUAGCACAAGGUCUGGCUGGGGCCUCCAGGCACGUUCACGACAGAGAGUCGAGCACAGCUACAGGCAUUGAAGAGGUAACUGUUGAAGACUGCCAAAGUCCAGAUGUCCUUCAUGAGUCAGAAUCUCUGAAGUCGCAACCAGCCAGUAUGGAGUCAGGAGGUUUAAGCCCAGUAUAUCCACAGUACAAACCAACUGAGGCUUAUAAAGAGAUUGAACCAGUUAGUUCCAGUGAUGGAUUCAAUCUAUCAAAUCAAGAAGAUUCAGACUGUGACUCAGAUGAUGAUCCAGCAUACAUCCCUGACACAGACUCUGAUGAUACAGAACCUGAAAGCAGUGGAACUCAACACACAACUAGAAAGAGUGUUGUUAAAUUUGGUUCAGCACUUUCAACAGCAGAUUCAGACUGUGACUCAGAUGAUGAUCCAGCAUACAUCCCUGACACAGACUCUGAUGAUACAGAACCUGAAAGCAGUGGAACUCAACACACAACUAGAAAGAGUGUUGUUAAAUUUGGUUCAGCACUUUCAACAGCAGAUGUUGGAAAAGCAAUUGCCAUACUUGAUGAGGAUUCAGAUGGUGAUAUGGAAGUUUCUUCGUCUGAAGACAAAGUUCCUAACACCCAUUCAACUGUGCAUUCACAAAAGGAUAAAGGUGUUUAUCUGCAGUCAAAAAAAUUACCACGGGAUGGCUGUCAAAAGAGAUAUGACAAAAUUAACUUCUGUGUUUACUGCAAGAAGGCGGUUAAAUCCAAAAUAUCUAGACAUCUCUUAACCCACAAGGAACGUCAAAAGGUUCUUCAAAUCCGACUUCUGCCAAAGAAAUCAAAGCAGAGGGAAAAUCUUUUCACAGAACUUGUGAAUGAAGGUAACUUCAAACACAAUAUAGAUGUUAUUAGUACAGGUGAAGGUGUCCUCAUUACAGCACGAAGAGAAAACAUCGAUCAGGAAAAACAUCAUUCACACCAAGAUUAUGUUCCUUGUGUAUACUGUAAAGGAUUUUACUUGAAAAAACUAUUAUGGCAUCAUCUCCUUUCGUGUAAAAUGCGGCCAAAUGAUACUAAAGGUGAUAAUAUGACGGACACAAAAAAUGCUGUACGGAAGGCCAAAAGCCUACUUUACGGUUGUUUGCAUACUGAAAAUGAAAAGGCUGUUGCAGAAAUGCUACGCACAAUGCAUGAUGAUGAUAUAAAGGAAGUUGUUAAAAAAGAUACUAUUAUUAAGUUGUUCAGUUCAAUGCAGGUGUGUGCAUUGGGAGGGAAACACAUACAGAAGAAAAAUGAUAUGCAUAGGAUUAGCCAAAAUGCUAGGACCUUGGCUCGUCUAGUGAUAAAAGCAAGUGAGCAUCUGCCAAUGGUCAGCUUGAACAAGCUUCUUUGUAAAGAUAACUUUGACCUGGUUGUUAAUAGCACCUUGAGUCUGUCGCAUAACAGUGUCACCGUUGCUAACAAAAUGGGUCAUCUGCUUGGUCAUUGUAUAAUGAUUAAAAAUGGCUAUUCUGUAAGACGCAAUUCAAAUGAAAUGGCAGAGGAAACAAGACUGUUCAAAGUGUUGUUUGAUGCAGAAUGGAAAUAUCGAGUAAAUGCUCCAAUGACAAGACAGAAAACUGUUCGUGAUAUGAACAAAUUAACGUGCAUACCAGAAACCGAUGAUCUUGUCAAGUUCAGGGAUUAUAUAAAACAGAUCAUAGAGAAUGAAGUCAGAGUUCUUCGUGCUUGUCCUAAUCCUGGAAGUUGGACUAGACUGGCAAAGGCGACUAUGUGCAGACUGUACAUUUUCAACAAAAGAAGAAUUGCAGAAGUUGAAGACAUGCUCCUGGAAGCAUACCAGAACAGACCAGAGUGGACGGGGACUGAAGAGUUUCGUGCCUCAUUGUCUGACACUGAGAGAGAGUUUGCAAAAAGAAUGGACAUGCUUGAAGUGCGUGGAAAAUCAAAGAAGAAUGUGACAGCAUGUAUAUUAUUAACUCCAGAUGUAAAAUCAGCUAUAAAUGUCCUGGUGGAGACAAGAAGUAGUUCAUUGGUAUCAGUUCCAAGAGACAAUCCCUAUCUUUUCUCCAGAUUAAAUGCUCUUACUCCAUUAUCUGGCAGUCGAGCUAUGCAUGAAUUGGUUCGAGAAUGCCCGGGACUGCAGAGGCCUGAAAGGAUAACAACAACCUUAUUGAGAAAAUACAUUGCUACAGUGUCACAGGUAAUUAUACCCUAA